AUGUCUUUCCAAUUACAAAACUCAGACGUCCUAGCACGACUAAAGCCAUUUGGUAUCCUGUUUGAAAAGUCACUAAGCGAUCUAAUCAAGGGAAUUCGGGCCCACUCGAAAGAGUCACCCGAAAGCUUGGCCAAAUUCUUAGAGAUCGCCAUUCAAGAAUGCAAGUCGGAGUUGUAUACAACGGACCUCGAGACCAAGGCAAUGGCUGUUCUCAAACUGGCAUAUCUAGAAAUGUACGGAUUCGACAUGUCGUGGUGCAAUUUCCAAAUCCUUGAAGUCAUGUCCUCGAGCAAAUUCCAGCAAAAGAGGAUCGGAUAUCUUGCCGCGAUCCAGAGCUUCAAAAACGAGCAGGAUUUGUUGAUUCUUGCCACAAACCAAUUUAAAAAGGACUUGAACUCGUCGAACCAUGUCGAAGUCGGGCUAGCGUUGAGUGGAGUCGCGACUAUUGUUACACCUAGCUUAUCCAGAGACAUCAAUGACGACGUCUUGAUGAAACUCAACCACUCGAAGCCAUACAUACGAAAGAAGGCGAUCUUGGCCAUGUACAAGAUCUUUCUCAAGUACCCUGAAAGUCUAAGGGUGAAUUUCCAAAGGGUGAUAGACAUGCUUGACGACUCAGAUAUCUCCGUUGUCAGUGCCACUGUUAACGUCAUUUGUGAAAUUUCCAAGGAUAACCCCAAGAUUUUCCUCAACUACUUGCCGAAAUUCUUUGCAAUCCUUGAAGAAACAAAAAACAAUUGGUUGAUUAUAAGGAUUCUCAAGUUGUUCCAAAGUCUAUCCAAGGUCGAGCCGCGAAUGAAAAAGAAAAUCUUGCCAGCCAUCAUUGAGUUGAUGUUGAGGACCCAAGCGUCGUCGUUGAUUUAUGAGUGCAUCAACUGUGCAGUUAAUGGCAAUAUGUUGUCCUCGGAGUCCAGCAGAGACAAGGAGACUGCCAAACUCUGCAUAAAUCAGUUGAUGAAUUUCUUCACCACCAAGGACUCAAAUUUGAAAUUUGUCGGUUUGAUUGCAUUGAUCAACAUCUUGAAAAAGUUUCCCGUCUUCAUAAACUCGGUGGAUGGAGUAUCCGACGUGGUUAUGGAUUGUCUAAACGACUCCGAUAUCAUCAUCAAGCGCAAGUCGUUGGAAGUCUCCAACUAUUUGGUUAACGAGGAUAACAUAGUGGAUGUGGUCAAGAGCAUGCUUUUGCAAUUGAUCCCCGACGACAAGGCUGUCAAUGAUACCUUGAAGUCGGAUAUCACUUUGAAGAUCUUGGAGAUUGCUUCGCAUGACAAUUACGGCAACAUUCCAAACUUUAAAUGGUACCUAGCCGUUUUAAACGAUAUUCUCAACUUGACCCUUUUAACACCCGCCACGGGCUCUACGGUUAAUAUUGUGUCCACCGAGAUUGGAAACGAAAUUGCAAACGCUUUGGGUAGGGAAUUUGUUGUUUUGGCAACCAAAGUCCCCUCGGUUAGAGCCAAUUUGUUGAGAAAUGUCGUCACCGACAUUGUCUUGAACCAAACCAUCUUUGACAUUUCGCCUGUGAUUUUGAGAUACGUGUAUUGGAUACUUGGCGAAUACAUCGACGAGCUCGAAGUCGGCGUAAAUGUCGACGAUGAGGUUGAAAUUGAAGAUGAGGAAUUGGUUGUUGGUAUGGGCAAGAAAUUGCACAUUUUCAACUCCUUGAUCAACCAUCAGCUCGACCAGAAACUCAACUUGAGCUCCAAUUACAAUUUCCCCGUCUCGGCCAAAAUUUUGACAGUGUCUGAUCCUGACAUUAUAAAAGUGUUGAUACAAGCACUCAUCAAGAUAUUCAGUGGAAUAACAAGGGAUUUCAUCAGAGCAUAUUCCAACCACGGGGAGUUUUCCAGGGAGAGAUACACAGAGUUGAGCUAUCUAUUGUAUCGCUUGAUUUCGUUUUUGAAGAAUUUCGAGACCAGCAUGAACUAUGAGGUGCAAGAACGGGCACUAUCGUGGUUGGAGUUUUUGAAAGUUUGCCAAGAGGCCAUGACUUUGAACGAUAUGAGAGCCGUCAAAGCUCUAGAGGCGGCCGAUAUUGAAAACUAUAGGAAGCGGGUUUUAAAAGUCAACUCCGAUGAUGAGAGUUCAAGCUCCGAUUCUAGUGAUGAGGAUAUUGGAAAUAACAAGUCAGAUUCAGAAGAGGAAGACGACGACGGCAACGACGACGGGUAUGAGAACUUGGUGUUUUCAUCUGAAGAAGAAGAAGAAGUGGAGGAAGAGGAAGAAGAAAAAGAAGGAGAAAAGGGGGAAAAGGGAGCAGAGGCCAAGUAUGAACUAAAUCCGUUUGCCGAGGAUACUCCUCACAACGCUGACGAGAGCCAUGCAAAAAUAAACUCGGCGGCCAAAAAGUUGCCCAUGCUUGUUAGCCACAUUCUACCGUCCUUUUUCAAUGCCUUUGCACUUAACCCAGUGUCCAAAAACGCUCAGCGAAACAUUUUCCUUCCUUCUGACCUCGAUCUAGACCUGGCCAUUAAUCCUGCGGGAGAUGAAAAUUUUUCAGACAAUGACACUCAAGCUGUCGAUGAAGCGUAUAAUUUGUACUUGUCUGAAAGUGAGGAAUUUGAGAGUCCACUAAUUGAGUUAUCAAGCGAGGAUGUCAAUAAGAAGCUGGAAAAGGCCGAGCGCUUGAGAGAUGACCCGUUUUACCUCGACGACGUCAAGCCAAAGAAGAAGUCUGCAAAGAAAACAGGCACGGAAUCCUACGUCCAGCUAAGCUCAGAGAGCCCCGAUCGAGUAUCUUUGUCGUCAACCACUCAACAACCCGAGAAUCGGAAAUUGAAGAAGAAAAGCAAGGUUCCAAAGAUCAAGAAGGAAAAAGUCACCAUAUUGGGAGAGGAAACCAUCCUCAGUGGAGAAGAUUUGAUUGAAAUUGAGCCGCUGCCGGCAAAGAAACCCAAGCCCAGACACAGCUCGUUGCGUAUCGACUCAUCGACAUUGGCUCAUAUUGAUCUCGACUCGAAUGCACUUCCUGAAGAAUUGGGAGAUGGAGAUGAGUAUGAUGUAGAUUUGGAUGCCUUGAGGAAGAAAUUGGCCCAAACUUCAGUCGAACCAGAGAAGAAGAGGAAAAAGAAAAAGAAGGACACGGAAAAGAAGGAAAAGACCAAGAAAGGAGAGAAAUUAGCAAUGGCAGAGACAGCCGCGAAAGAGGAGCAAGAAACAAAGAUUAAUACUGCAACAACCCCUGAAACGUCUGCUCCAGGCAAAUCGCCCGAACCUGUUCCUGGUGACUCUGAAGACCCAUCAAUCAUCGCGGUCAAGCCCAAGAAAAAGACGAAAACAAAGAAAACAGCCGUCAUUAUUGAUUAA